AUGGCGUACCAGGAAGGGGAGACGCUUGAAUCCUGGCUCAAUAAAGCCACCCAUCCAUCUAACAGGCAAGAGGACUGGGAGUACAUCAUGGGCUUCUGUGAUCAAAUCAAUAAGGAGCUUGAAGGCCCUCAGAUUGCAAUACCAUUGCUUGUCCACAAAAUCCACUCACCACAGGAAUGGGAAGCUCUUCAAGCUCUUACAGUGUUGGAAGCGUGCAUGAAGAACUGUGGGAGGAGGUUUCAUAAUGAAGUUGGAAAAUACCGAUUUUUAAAUGAGCUGAUAAAAGUCGUAUCUCCAAAGUACAUGGGCGACAGUGCGCCUGAGAAGGUGAAGACAAAGAUUGUCGAGAUGCUGUACAGCUGGACUGUUGCUUUCCCCAAUGAGCCCAAGAUCAGCGAAGCCUAUGAGACCCUGAGAAGACAAGGGUUGGUGGCACGUGACCCAGAGCUACCUCUGGACCGGACGUUGAUACCCUCUCCUCCCGCACGGCCCAAACACCCUGUGUUUGACAACGAGGACAUGGGGAAGCUCCUUGCUGAGCUUCUCCGGAGCAAAAAUCCAGAAGACCUCCAAGAGGCCAACAGAUUGAUUAAAAAUAUGGUUAAAGAGGAUGAUGUACGGGUGCAGAAGGUGACAAAGCGUGUCAACACACUGGAGGAGGUUAACAUCAACGUCAAGCUGCUCUCCGAGAUGCUCUCCCAUUACGAUAAAGACACCUCUUCUGAAUCCGACAAGGAGAUUAUUAAGGAACUCUACGAACGCUGUGACAAGCUGAGGCGGGCUGCUUUUAAGAUGGCCACCGAGGCUGAGGACAAUGACACCAGUUUAGGUGACAUCCUGCAGGCUAGUGAUGACCUCUCCAGGGUCAUCAACUCCUACAAGAAGGUAGUGGAGGGGCUGCCUAUCAACGGCGACAGCGAGGAGGCUCGCGGAAGCCACGCCCAGAGCGAGACCACCGACACACUGAUAGACCUGGCUGGCCCCGACACUCCCAGCCCUCCUCAACCCGUUGCCCCUCCUCCCCCAAUGGGCUCCAUUCCUCUCUCCGACCAUUUGUCGGACCCCUCCAUCCCUGCUCUGCCCCCUCCUCCGAAGCUAAGCUCGCUGGGCGGCAGCCCGAGUCACGCCCUGCUGGAGACCACCCCCUCCAAAGCGCUCUCACUUCUUGAUAAUGAGCUACUGUCUCUAGGACUCAAUGACGAGCCUCCCCCCUCACUGAGCAGCCAAUCCAAACCAAAGCUCAGUGAAGCGUCCAAUCAGUGGAGCUCCUUGCAGGCCCCACCUUUGGAUGUGCUUGGGAGUGCAGCUUUGCCCCCGGCGGAACCAGCCACGACGUCACUCCAGAACCUUCAAGACCUGGCCAUGAUGGGCUUUGCUGAUCACAAGAGUCAGCUGACGAUGGGCAGCAGUUUUGGAAUGCCUGCACAGAGCUCCCACUCCUCAGCCUCUCUCCUCAAGGGCGUGAUGCCUGCUUAUCCUGCCCUGACCCAGACCAUGACCUCCGCCCCGGGCAGCCCGCUCUUCCACUCCCUCUCCCCGUCCCACCCUCCGCUCAUCAUGAGUAGCCCGGCCCGAGCUGCAGAGAUCUCCCUAAGCAACGUGCACGUCCCCCUGGAGGCCAUCAGACCCAGCAAAGUGCUGCCAGUCACCGCCUACGAUAAGGACGGUGUUCGGGUUCUGCUCAACUUUGCGUCUGACUCUCCCCCCGGCAGACCUGACGUGUUGGUGAUGGUGGUGUCCAUGCUCAACACGGCGCCCCUCCCGGUUCACGGUGUGGUACUGCAAGCCGCGGUACCGAAGUCAAUGAAGGUGAAGCUGCAGCCUCCGUCAGGGACAGAACUGGCCGCGUUUAACCCCAUCCUGCCCCCGGCUUCCAUUACCCAGAUCAUGUUACUGGCCAAUCCAUCAAAGGAGAAGGUGCGCCUACGUUACAAGCUGGCUUUCACGCUUGGAGAUCGUCUCUGUAACGAGGUCGGAGAGGUCGACCAGUUCCCCCCACCUGAGGCGUGGGGUCACCUAUAGCGGCGCGCAAGCCCCUGUUCCUCCUACCCAACAAGGACACUCCAAUUCCAGUCAAGUGAGAGUGAAAACAAUCAUGCAUACGAAAAAUAUGGGGGUAAAAAAAAAAAAAAUCAACAUUUCAUCUUAUUGUUUUUUGUUAUUAUUGCAGGUUGUUACAUAUUUGUAUCUAUUUAUAGAGAGCGUAAGCUGCAGGUAUGGCUAACAAAUUAAACACUGGAGAUGAGGACAGUCAUAUUUAAUAUAAAUAUUGUCUUUUUUUAUCCACAUGACAGCACAACAGAAAAAGCCAUUGCCAUGUAUUAAUGUAUUUUAUUUAGCAUUCAAUUUGUAUUUAUUACACAGAACAUCCUGUCUGUCUUUGCUACUAGUAAACAAUAUUGUAUAUUUGCUCGAAAAGUAGGCAAACAAUUGCACUUUAAACCUGAGUCAUAAUGAACAAUAACCGAGUAACAGCUUUUAUUUCAUGUUUUUUUAAACUUAUAGUUAUUGAAUAUUUAUCAUUCUUAGAAUUGAGGAUGUGAUUUGUUUUUAAUUAUGAACCAUGACAAUGUGAAAUCAAAUAUUCAGGCUUCGGUUAAAAGUGUCGUCUGCGGUGACAACCAUGUUGGAUCUUGAACUCAUUUGCAUAUGAGAUAUACAGAAGUGUGUAUUGUGUGAAGUGUACAUAAAAUACAAUGUUUGUGGAUAUAGUAUGUGAUGAAGAUGUGUACAUUUGUACAUUGUGUCUGACUGCUGCAUGGAAUAAAAACAUGUCUACGGGUGCCUCAAGUUCAAUAUUUU